AUGGUUGACAUCUCUCGCGCGUCCUUAGUUUGCGACAAUGCGACAACACCACCUAACUUCCACUUCCAGUCCCUUUUCACGGCACCACAGGACACAAUGAGCAAACCAGUUAUCUCCUUCGGCCUCAAAAAAUCUUGCCCCCCCUCCAAAAAACCCACCCUCCCCGCGCGCAAAAAGCCAGCCCCCUUCGGCGGCUUAGGCGACGACGACGACGACGACAACGAAGCUCCCCAAACCUCAGUAUCAAUCACCGAAAUCGACGGCUUCGACACCCCCUCAUCAAUAAAUAACGACAACGACUCCGACUCACGAAAAAGACACAAAAAAUCCUCCAAACCCCCUUCCGCCCCCCCAAGCAAAACCCCAUCAUCCAAAACCCUCCAACCAACAGGGGAAUUCACCGACCUCUCCAGCGCCCUAGCCUCCCGAAAAUACGCCAAAGAAGCUGAGUCGGCCGACCCUUCCAUCUACGACUAUGAUGCCGUCUACGACUCCUUCAAAGCUGCCAAAAAGCCCAAGUCAGAAGACGAAGCAGCCGCGGAGAAGAAACCAAAGUAUUUCUCUGCUCUCCAACAAGCUGCCUCGCAAAGAGAAAGGGAUAGGCAAAUAGCGGAGGAAAAGCGCCUAAAACGAGAACGGGAGGCAGAGGGGGAGGAGUUUGCUGAUAAAGAAAAGUUCGUCACCGAGGCGUAUAAGCGGCAGCAGGAGGAGAAUAGGCGGUUGGAAGAGGAGGAGAAGAGGAGGGAGGAGGAAGAGGCCAAAAAGAAUAAGGGGAAGGGGAUGACGGAUUUUUAUAAAAAGAUGCUGGAGCAGAAGGAACAGGAGCAUGCGGCUAUUGUUUUGGCGGCGCAAAAUGCGGCGAAGAAGCCAGAUGGCAAAGCUGAAGCUGGGCCAAAAGAGGAGGAGGAAAAGAGCGCGACUGAGAGGGCUAGGGAGAUUAAUGCGCAGGGUGGGAAUGUGUUGAUUAAUGAUGAUGGGGAGGUGGUGGAUAAGAGGCAGUUGCUGAAGGGGGGAUUGAAUGUGGCGCCGAAGAAGAAGGCGGAGGUACAGCAGGAGAAGGCGAGGCAACAGGAGAAGGCGAAGAGCAAUGGCCCAAGCCAGGGAAGUAGGGGUGUUUAUGCACCUGGUGGGAAACAAGCUAUGCGGGAGAGGCAGACGAGGAUGCUGGAAGCGCAGCUUGAGGAGACGCUCAAGCGGUCGAGGCAGGAAGAGGCGGAGGAGACGGCCAAGAUUGAGCUUGCGACAAAGAGCAGGAAGACGGAGGCGGAUGUGUCGAGCGCGAAGGAAAGGUAUCUUGCGAGAAAGAGAGCUGCGGAGGAAGCCAAGAAAAAAGAGCCAUGA